AUGCCACGAAUUCUCUCCUCCCCGCAAAGUGCUGCAGGUUCUGCGGCUGGGGAAGGAACUCCAGAUGAGCCGUCGCAGAGCGUUGAUGCGCACUCCAUGUUCUCGUCCAUGCUGAGGUCCAUGGACGCGCAGGAUAGGAGCUCAGCGUAUGAGAGUUACUCCGACUUCAGAAGAGCUACCGAGCGAGUGGUGAACACAAGGUUUCACACUCCGAGCCAGCAAUGGGAUGUAGACCAGCAGCUGAGAGCCAAGAACGAUGAGAUCGCUCUGCUCAUCUACAUCGCCAACUGCUGCGAGGUUCCGAUCUCCUCGGAGGUCUCCUCGAAGCUGGCUGCUUUCAUGGCAGAGAACGUGACGGGCGGCUACGGCGAAGUUUUUCAAGGAUGGCUGCAGGAUGCUUUCGACAAGAAGAGUCAGAGGGAGGCAGCGUUCCAGAAGCUGAGGAACGAGGUUGGGUGGCUGAAGGAUGAUAUCGUGAAGUUCAAGGAGGAACACAGGGUGAAGGAGGAGCGGGAGGGUGACCAGGACAGGAUGCUCUCGGAGAUCGAGACUUCGCUGAACGGGGUAGCUGAUGUGCUGGACGUCACUCAGAGGGGAACGAGGAAGCUGUUGGCGUCGAUGACGAGGGAGAGGAGCGAGAGCGAGGACAUGAAAGCCAAGGCGAAGGAGCUGUGCCAAGGGCUCGUGGACGGGCAAGUGGUGGAGAAGAUGAAGGAGCUGUCGGAGUUGGUGAGGGAAGUGGAGGAGUCAAGAGCUUCGCUGUCGGCAGACCUUAAGGACCUGGAGCAGCGCCUGAGGUCAACCGAGGCCUUGCUGAGGGACUCGGUGAGCGCCAGCAGUGAGGUAGUCAACCAGCUGCUGAAAGAGCAAGAAGUCACUACAAACCUGCGGCAUGUUGUUCGGAAUCUGCAAGAGGAGUAUCAGGAGAGUCUGCAGACGAUCAGCAAGCAGAGGAUGGAGAACGAGUCGCUCAAACGCGCGAAGCAGCAGCAGGAAGAGCAGCUACAGGAACAGAGGGGGAGGGUUGAGGAGCUCGAGGCCGCUGUGAAGAAAGGGAGGUUGAAGGAAGAGAACCUGCUCAAGUCUCACUCGGAUGUCGCAGCUGAUCUGACGAAGAAGUUGUCGGCAGUCGAGCAGCAGCUGGAGGAGUCGCAACGGGAGAGGAGGAGAGCUGAGGAGGAGGCGAAGGAGUUGCUGCACGAGGUGAAGGACCUCCGGGGCCUGUGGGAGAGUAUGAAGAGCUCGCAAAAGAAGCACGUGGAGGAGCUGUUGCUGCAGCACCAGCAGGAGGUGGACGAGCUACGAGGAUCGCACGCGAGGGAUCGGGAGGAGAUGGAACGGCAGGCUGAAGGCCUCAGGAGGGCCAACGAGACGUUGGAGAAGGCGCUGCAUGAGAGGAGGGUACGGGCAGCGUCCCCCGACGAGUCCUCUGCUGCGAGGAACCCGGUCUCCUCCAGCUCCUUCCUUGAGCCGCUCCAGCUGAAAGUCUCUCUCCUCCUCGCGUCCGAGGAGCCCAGCUCCUCCUGUUCCGAGAGGGAGGCUGGCAGCAUCCUGCGCGGACUCAGAGAGGAGGGAGUAGACGGCUGCUCCUUGCGGUGGCUGCAGGCGUGGAGCGACUGCUGGAACAUGGAACUCACCCUCGCCUGCCAGGACGCCAGCGUGAUGCAGGACACGCUCGGCGCGCUGUCGGGGUGUGUGAGGAGGAGCAAGUCGUUUGUUCUCGAGCGAUCACGGAGGAUGAGGCUAGAUGAAGACUUUGGAGGCAUGACACACCCUCCUUCAUCCCAAGACUUCAGUGCGAUCCCCUCCAAGCAUGCACGACAGGUCGGGGCUGCUUCCCCGGACAUAGAGUCGUCGCUCCUUGGGAGGGUGAAAGAGCUCGAGAGAGAGAAGCACAAGCUGGAGCAGGAGCUGCGAAGAAAAACCUUUGAUUCGCCUCUCCUGGAUCGACCCGAUCAGCAAGGCAGAGACAGCUCGCGGCAAGGACGAGAGCAGCGAACGCUCGAGCGAAGCCUGCGGAGCAUGGGGGCAGCACUGCAGAAGAUGGAAGAGGAGAACUCUCAGCUGCGAUCCCAGUGCAGAUCCUUGGAGCGCAAGUUGUCAACUCUCAGCAAGAUUGCAAGGCAGCGAGACUCGCUACAGGAGCGCCUGGAUGACACGCAGAAGAAACUGGACGCUGCAGAAUCGGAGCUGUGGGGGUUGAGGGCGCAGCAGGAGGAGCAGAGGAGGGAGCAGAGAAGGAAGGAGAUGCUGGAGGACAAGGCGGCGCUUGCGAUUUCGUCUGAGAGAGUUCGAACUCAAGAGUUGCAAGCAGAGCGGAAGCAGAGCAAACUUCUCCUGCUCCAGAUUGAGAGCCUCCGCAACGAGCUCUCCUCUCUCUCCUAUCGGGAACGGAGGAGGACGAGUGCAUGCUCAGCAGCUGCCUCCUGCCUGUCGGACAUGAACGAGCUGAUGUCGGCGCUGGGAGAGUUGGCGGGAGAGCUGCGAGAGGACGCGAGGUUUCUCAGCGAGGACCGAGACAGACUUGCUGCUUCCUUCGAGCGGCUGGCGAAGCUGGUAGACUACAGCACGACAGAGCUGCGGGGAAAGGAGGAGGAAAUCUUCAUGCUCCGCUCCGUCCUCUCCGCUACCACGAGAGGGCUGCCGCACGUGCGUCUGUGGUGGGAGGAGGAGGCGGAGCUGUCGCAUGUCCGUCUGUGGUUGAGGGAGCAGGAGGAGGAGCGAACUUUGAGCGCGGCGGAGGAGACGGUCCUGGUCCUAGAGGAGAUCGUAAGGAGAGUGCAGGGGCUUCCUCGUCCCAAGGGGGCUCCUGGGGUCGAGCUGGGUUUCGACGGGGGGUUGUCGUCCUGCCUGAGUGGGAUCGCACGACGAGUGGACGCGAUCGACUUGGUGCUGCGCCGAGCGCACAGUGAGACGGCAGGAAGAGCGGGAGCGGAAGCGGGAGCAGGAGCGGGAGCAGGAGAUACUACUGGGGAGAGGGAGGAGGUACAUCAGCUUAUCUCUCUCUUUGCGGACCUUCCGUUCGACGUCUCAAGGGGCAUCGGAGCUGAGAAUCUCAGCCAGCACGCGGUCCUCGAGGAGCUGAAAAACGUCCUCGACCGCAAACUUGAGCAGCUCGACCUCCUCCAGCAGGCUCACUAG